UUAUUAUGGGGCGAUAUGAAAGCAAAUAACGCUGUACAAACGCACUUUCUUCUUCAUUUAUAAAAGUGACUCUGGACGUGAUCAAGUAAACCAGUAAUAGCUGGCGAAAGACUAUACAAAUAUUUGUCUCGAUUAAAAUUAGUGUUUUGUUUAUCAAUCAAUCAUAACAGUGUAACAAUAAAUUGCCCAACCAAUACAAUCGCUAAGUGGGGAUUUUCCAUAGUAUAAUAUGGGUCAAUAUGCUUUGAAUCGAAUAGGUUUUCUUGGUGGUGGAAAAAUGGCACAAGCCAUGGCUAAAGGAUUUAUCUCAGCUGGACUAGCAAAGUGUGAAAAUAUAAUAGCAAGUUGCCAUCCAUCUGAUAAGGCGGGUAUAGAAGCAUUUAAGACCCUCGGAGCUGUGUCUCUAACUGAAAAUCUGCCAGUCGUCAAAGGUGCGGAUGUCGUUUUUCUCUCCGUAAAGCCAGCAGUUGUACCGACCGUUUUACACGAUGUUAAAGAUGCAUCGUCAGGUAAACUUUUUAUUUCCGUUGCAAUGGGCAUUACGAUAAAGGACAUGGAACAGAUUCUACCUGAAGACACGCGCAUCAUUCGAGUGAUGCCCAAUACACCGGCUAUAGUGCAGCAAGGGUGCUCUGUUUUUGUUCGCGGCGCUCGGGCAACCGACGGUGAUGUCGCCAUUACAAAAUCCCUAUUGGAAUCGAUCGGAACUUGUGACGAAGUCACCGAGAAUUUAAUGGAUCCCAUAACAGCCUUAUCCGGAAGUGGACCGGCUUAUGUAUUUGUUAUGAUCGAAGCAUUGGCUGAUGGUGGAGUGAAAAUGGGUCUGCCAAGAGAUUUAGCAUAUCGUUUAGCUUCGCAAACCGUUCUAGGUGCUGGCCAAUUAGUAAGAGAUUCCGGUAAACAUCCAGGCCAGUUAAAAGAUGAUGUUACCAGCCCAGCUGGUUCAACAGCUUCUGGUUUGGAUCAUUUGGAAAAGAACGCAUUUCGUUCAACUGUAGCAGGAGCUGUGGAAUCAGCCACAUUGCGAUGUCGUCAAAUUUCAGGAAAUGAUCCGACUAAAAAUUGAUUGUAUCUACGAAUUGUCGUGUUGUACCAUCAUUUCUACUUAAUUGUGCUACGAAAGAAACGAUAUUUUAGGCUUAUUUUUUAGAAAUAUUUUU